AUGCGUCUCUCACGUCCUUCCUUUUUACUAAAAUGGGGCCGACAACCUUUCAAAAGACCUUUCAUGGCUCUUAAUACGAGAACUCCCCGUACUCUUCGGAAUUAUUCUACUGCCAACGACCCCAAUGUAUCAAAUUCUGACCUCGCCAAUGAUUUAAUUCCCACACACAGCAUCGAUUAUGAAGAGUCAAUGAAGAUGAUUGGUAAAAUCGAGAAGGAGCUCGAGGAAAAACGUCUUUUAACGGAACAAGUAAACAUGCUAGAGUUGAUUAGGUUGAGAUCAAUGUAUUUCAGAAUGGUGAAGGAGAAGGGAACUGUACUUAGGAAACAACAGUCGCAACUAGAUGCUAUGGAGAUGGAACGCAGACAGUCCUUCAAAGUUUUCUUACCAAACUCAAUCCGCCAAGCCAAUAAAUUCCAGCAGUUGGAAAUUAUCUUCGACGCUACGUUUGGAAUUUCUAAGGACGACGCCAAAACUUUGUUGAUCAUGGACGAAAGUUGUGAUGAGGAAUACAAAGUACAGUAUACUUUGGAAGCCCAUGGAUUGGUUUUUAGUCGUCUCAUGCCGGACACAUUUCCACCGGUAUUCAAAGAGUGGCUGGAGACGAUUCGAGAGGUCAAAGCCCGAAUAAACUAUGUAGAGGCGGCAUAUCGAAGAAGCGCCACCGUUGAGGAGGAUGGCGCAUUAAAGGCACCGGAUUUAUUUUCCACAGCUGACGAUAGAUUGUGUGAGAAAGCCAAGGAGUUAACUGAGGCUUGCGACCUCGCUUACCUUGAUGAUUUUAAGACUUUUAGUAAAUCUACUUAUCCCCUUUGGAAAUACAAGGAUAGAAUGAUUGCAGAAUGGGAAGAAAGAAAAUUGAUGCCAGAGUUGAUGGCGGCUGCCGAGGCCAAUAGGAAGAUCUACUGGAGGUAUCUAUGA